CCCGUGUUAGGACCGUUCCAGUCUGCGUUGAAUGUCGCGUGCAAACAGGUGCGAGGAUUUCGCUGCCGAUGACUCGAACACGUACAUGAAACGUAAGUUCUUUUACGCUCAUUACGGCUUGCAAAAUUGGUGCGUUCACUAUAGUAUACGGUGUACAACGUUGCCAUAAUAUAUGAAAAUAACGAAGAAGAUAUAUUAUCUUUCAGAUUUUUUAUAUCAACAAUACUUAGUCGUUCGAUAUGGUUGACAAAAAGUACACAAUUUCAUAUAGAGUAUAAAGAACAUGUGGGAGUAAAACAGAAGUAACGCACGCACGUGAGUCACACACAUUAAUGAUCAUUAUUUACUAGGUUUAUCAUGUGAGCUUUAAAAAAAUAUCCGUUUGGAGAAAAUCUUCGACAAUCAACAAUAAAAUGGAAAACUGGGCAAAUGAGGAGCUGGAAACAAGACAAAUGUGCUAAUAUUACCGACAAAAUAAAACCAAAAACCAAACGAUAUCAAUGUCGAACCACUUAACCAGUAUUAAUGCGAUGUGCAAAAAUGAAAGUAAAAAAUGUUACGGAGAUGAAGAUGGCAACGAAAAACUUACAAGUCCAAUGAUAUUUUUUUCAUAUGGUAUGCUGCUUACGGUAAUUGGCAUUGUGGGUUUAAUUGGAAAUGGUUUAGUUCUCAUCGUAUUUACCAGAUUUAGGAGGUUAAAAGGUCCGUUCUCGACAUUCGUAUUAAAUUUGGCCACUGCCGAUUUCGCAACUUCGAUCUUGCAUUUCAUGUCAGCAGUGUCUUCAUUCAAACACGAAUGGAUAUUUGACGAUAUAGGAUGCACAAUAUAUGCUUUCGGAGUGGGACAGUUUGGUUUGGUAUCGAUCGUCACUCUUUCCACCAUAGCGAUUGAAAGGUACCUAGUGAUCACUGCGAAACCCGUGUCGGGGUCUUGGAAGUUAACGAGACAGGGUGCGACAAGAGUGUGUGCGUUUGUAUGGAUAUACUGUUUGUCAAUAACAUUGCCGCCUAUUUUUGGUUGGUCAAAAUACGUAUUAGAAGGUUUCGAUACAUCAUGCUCGUGGGACUAUACGACCAGAACCGUCUCAAAUCGGUUAUUUUAUAUUUACAUGUUGGUGCUCGGAUUUGUUUUGCCGGUCUCCAUCAUUACAUAUUGCUAUAUAUUCAUUAUUGUGUCAAUACUCGACCACAAUAAAGAAAUGGCCGAUUGUAACACUAAUAUAGGACCGUUGGGCACAGAGAGUUGGGAUUACAGAUUAGCUUUAAAUGUCACCAGACGAGGUCAAGCUGUACCUAUUCGAUCUGCCCUGAGAACGUCAUAUAUAAUCUUAAUCCUCAUUGGAUUGUUUAUAGCGUCUUGGACUCCUUAUGCUGUGGUCACGUUUGUUGGUCAAUUUGGAGACAGCCAAACAAAGAUAGAGCCUUGGAUUUCUGCUCUUCCAGCCAUAUGUGCUAAGGCGUCCGUGGUGUACAACCCCAUAGUGUACGGCCUCUCUCAUCCACAUUUCCGGUCGUCAAUCCGGAACUACAUAUCGGGCUGUACGACGGUGGGUCACAGCCACACUGAGCUGUGCACCCCAGGACGCAAUCAGCGGUUAGUGACGAACAAGAGCCUCAACCGAUUCGCUUUGCUCACCGGACAGGACCGGAACCGAGCGAACGUCGUCGAACUGAAAUGCGUACGUCACCGGAGGGUGCCGCCGGACUCAAAUUCGAUUGGCAUGGACUAUUACAGCGAACCCGACUGCCGGUCGUAUCGUAAUUAUGUGUUUUCAAACUGCAGGAGCCUAACCUUGACUAUGGAACCGAACCGGGGCUCGGCGAUCAUCAAAAUAGACAAAGUUCCAUUUAAAGUCGUCAUGUCCACAAUCAGAAGUAAAAGCGUCAACGGGAAAAUAAACACGAUAACUGACAAAACAGAUUGUUCCGAAGAGUCAAAUGAAAAUCAAAAUGAAGAAGCAAAAAAAAACAGUAUAUCUGAUCAGUUUGUAUUCGAUUUUUAAUGUUCACCCGUUUACUUAAAUAUUUAAAAUAAAAAUUUUACUAUUUCUAGAACUUAAAUUUUAAUCAGUGCUAAAUAAUACUUAGAUGUCCAUGGUAAUAAUUAUUAAUUUUAUCUAUAUUGUUAAUAAAUUAUAUGAUAGAAUCAAUGUCAUUGUAAUUUUUGGACUGACCAGGGUCAGUAUGUAAUAAAAACAUAAAUAAUUAUAGAUUUAAUUGUAUCGCCUAUAAAAAUUAUUAUUAUAGAAAUAUAAUGUCCUAAACCUGUAUUAUUAUAUAUAGCCUUAUAGGUACAAUGUAAAUGCCAAGUUACACACUAACUCAUAUUAUGAUAAUAUAAUGUGUUAUGUGUAGUUAUAAAUAAUCCAUCAUUAUUAAAAUAAGUAUACUAUUCGUUACCAUUUCAAUAAAUGUAUUUAAUUUGAAUUAAACCUUCUCUUUGAUAUUUCA